AUGGGUGAUUCGGGAUUACGAGUGAUUGCCUCUACAACAGGAUCAUCAUGGAUAUCAAAUGUGUCCAUACAUAUGAAUGCAUCAUCAUCGUCGUCGUCCUCCUCAUGGAAUUUUAUGAAAAAUCAACAAAAACUAGACUCAGAUCAUUUUAAUAAUUAUACAAACGAAUUCCGAUUGGGGCAUCGUUUGAUUGGAAUAAUUUUGAUUGUGGCGCUGUUUGGUUGUAUAUUUUGGGAAGGAGUAAAUGGAGCUUCUUCAGAAUUGAGAGUUUUCAUCAUUCCACACUCACAUAUUGACCAAGGAUGGCUCAGAACAGUGCGAGAAUAUCAAUCCGAAACCUUUCUCAUUCUGGAUAGCAUCACUGAGCAACUCAUUGCACGACCACACGCCAAAUUUGUAUGGGGCGAUGUGCUGUACUUUAAAGAAUGGUUCGAGCAACAACCAGCUUCGAGACAGCAAAUCGUGAAGAAAAUGAUUAAACAAAAUCGAUUCGAAUUUGUAGGAGGCGGUUGGAUUCAAACAGAUGAAGCUUGUGCUUCUUAUACAUCAAUUAUUAAUUCGAUGACAGUUGGACACGAAUAUUUAUUACGUCGAUUUGGUAUUAGACCUAGAGUAGCUUGGCAAAUUGAUCCAUUCGGACACGAUGGUAGGAUUCCACAAAUUUUCAGCCAAAUGGGUUUCGAUGCUCUAGUUAUUAACAGAGUUCACUUCUCAAUCAAAAGUGUCAUGAAAAACGAAAGAGCUUUAGAAUUUAUUUGGAACAUUAGUGACAACAAAACAAUUUUCACAGAAGUUCUUCACACUCACUAUUCCAGCCCAAGGAAUUUCGAUUUUGAAAAACCAGGAGCUGAACAAGUGAAUGACCACAACGUGGAAAGAAAAUCCAUGGAAUUUAUUGAGGACAUGCGAAAACGAGCUCAAAACUAUCGAACUAAUUUUAUAUUUGUACCUUUUGGUGAUGAUUUCAAAUUCAGGAAUGCUCAUGCCCAAUAUUCAAGCAUGGAUAGAAUUAUCGAUUAUAUCAAUAAUCAUGAUCUCGGAAUGAAGGUACAAUACUCCACUGCAACGGAAUACUUUGAAGAACUUUUCAAAAAUUAUGGCUCAAAUACAAAGUUCCCAGUUGUAAAACAGGACUUUGUACCUUAUGCAGACUAUCCAGACUCGUACUGGACAGGAUAUUAUACAUCUUUACCAAAUUUAAAACGUUCAGCCAGAACUGCAGAAUCGAUUCUUACCACCACUGAAAUGCUGUAUGCGCUUGCUAGAGUGAAAUUGACACAUCAAAAAACUGCUUUCGAUUGGGUUGCAACAUAUAACUCCAUUCAAAGAUCAAGACAAACCGUAUCACUCGUGCAACAUCAUGAUUCAAUUACAGGUACUUGUAGGCAACAUGUCUAUAAUGACUACAUGUCUCAAUUAGCCUCAGCCAUUCAAGACAUGAGAUCACUUCACAAAUCUCUCGCCAAGCAUGUACUAGAAAUUUCUUCAGACAAAGUUCUAUUCGAAUCAUUAGAAGUUUCCGAUAGAAAACCUCACACUAUUGUCAUUUAUAAUAGCUUAUCUCAUGCAGUGAAGCAAAUAAUUAGCGUGAACACCAAAUGCACAAAUGCCAAAGUACAAGACUCGGCUCGUCAAAAGAUAGAUUAUCAAGUGAUACCCAACGUACAUAACCCUCAAGAAGAAGCUUCUGGAUUCCCAUAUACUGUUCAGUUCUUGGCCAGCAUUGAUGGUCUUGCUUUUGAAAAAAUAUUCUUCCAAUGCCAAGAGGAUACAGAAGGAGAUUUGCUUGAUACAAAUGUGCUUUAUGUGAGCACUCAAGACAGUCAUUAUUCAAAGUUUGAGAAAGCUAAUGUUCAAGUCAAGUCGUUGGACUCAGCUAAAAGUAGUGACCUUACUAUCGAGAAUGAAUUUUAUGUUGUCUCCAUUGACAAGAAUACAGGAUAUGUCAAUAAGGUAAUCACCAAACAUGAUGGAAAAGAGCACAUCACGAAAAAUCAAUUCUUGGAGUACAAAACACAAAACAGUGGUAGUUACUUAUUUAGACCUAAUGACGAUGGUCCCUCACCAUUAGGCCAACAAUCUCUUUCCUUUGUUUACGUUUCAAAGGGAAAUGUUAUGGACAAGAUAUUGGUAGAUACUAAGCGUGUAAAAAUUUACGUUACACUACCUCACAAUAUGAAAGAUAGCGUGUUAGAAAAGUUUAUUGAUUACAGAUUUGAACUAUCGCCUCUCCCUGAGAAUUCUGAAACGGUAGCUCGAUUUGGAGUUGGCACAAGGCAAGACAAAGGAAAUUUGAUUGUUUAUGAUGGCUUUAAUUUUGUGAAAAGAGUUAUCCAUCCUUCUGCACCCCAUCCUGGUCAUUUCUAUCCUUCAACUUCGGGUGCCCUUUUGAAGAUGCCUGAUUCUCAGCAAAUUUCCAUCCUAACAGAUCAUACCAUGGGCGUUACUGCCCAAAACAAUGAAAUUGAAUUCCUGGUUCACAGAAGACUCAUGAAGGAUGACAUGAGAGGAAUGUCAGAAGCCAACAAUGACCAGUCACCUCUCAAGUUCAGACUCUCCGUUUCUUACUUGAUUGGUACAAGCAAUGACGACUUUGUUAGCAUGCAUAAGAAGAGCUUGCUUGUCAAUAGACAACCUCCUAGCUAUAUGGUUGAUGGAGAAGUUCUUGGAUCGUUCAAUAUAUUCAACAAAAACUUCCCUACCAAUGCAGAAAUAUUGACAAUGCAAACAAGAGGUAUCUCAUCCGAUGAGGUUUCAAUGCGAUUUGUAAAUCUCCAUCCAUCCAAACAAGUAGACAUCAACUUUUCAAAUCUCUUCUCUGAAGGAAUUGAAGUUUCUGAUAUCAGAGAACGUUCAUCGAAUCUUAUUUAUGAUGUUCAAGAGGAAAGAAAAAAGUUAAGAUUUAAACGAGAUGGAGUUAUAAGAUUUGAUUUUACUAAGGAAGUGACUUUAUCAGGAGAGGGUGGACAGAACACUGAUCAAGAAGGUGUCUUUUUAUCCGAUGAAGCAAUUGCUGAAAUGAACAAAAAUCCAGCACAACGAAAAACACUUGCUCUCGCAUCUGUGGUGGAUCCUGUGUUCCGUGUGAUCAUUCCAGGAUCGAGCAUAAAGUCAUAUUUUGUUGCCAUGACAUUUAGUGGAAAAGGUUUUGUACCAAUCUCUCAAAAAGAGGCUGAAAAUGAAGAUGCUGAAGGAAAAGAAAUUAAUGAGCUUGGUUUGGAAGAAGAAGACGACGAAGACUCCAAGCAAGACGAGGGAGUUAGUGAACCUCUAAAGAAGCCACAAGAUGACUUGCGUACAGAGGAUAAAUCUAAUAUUGACAUUGUUCAAGAAGAUGAAGUAGAGAAGAAUGGCAAAGGACGCAACGAUAGUCCUGCAUCGCCGAAAAGUAUCGCUCCAUUUUGGAUAUUCCCACUAUUUGCUAUGGUGCUUUCAAUCUUUGGUUGUGUUUGUCUUUCACUCGUUCUUAGACUGAGUCGACGAAAAAAGCAACCUUCCACAAUUCUACCAAUGUUCCAAACAGAUGCCAAUCCUGGUGUGAAAAAUGUGUGA